UUAGGUUCUUUAGCGAGUUCCUGAAAACUCUAGGGGUUCUAACAGAAUUCAAUGUUCUACUCAGUUCGAAAUAUUCGAAGUGUUUGUAAUCCCUAAUUCUCCCGCCGGCCGUCCACCUGCUACCGUUUUCGCCUUCGUCGCCGCAUUCUUUUCUUCCUUGUUCACUUUUGAAUUCGAAUCAGGAAAGUGAAGAAAAUAUCAGAAGUAAUAAUAAGAGGAAAAAAAUUACUAAUUUCGUAGUUUUGAAUCUCACUUUUGAAGCAAUGGAUGAAGAAAUGUCGAAUUCAGCGCGGCGAAUGUCUAUGCGAACUCGUAAAAUUGCUCCAAAAAUGGCUGCUGCUCUUGCCAGUUCUGAUAACAGAACACAGGCUAUGCUGGCGCGGCUUGAUGCUUUGGAAAGUGAUAAUGCAGUAGUGGAACCUCAACUACUUGAUGAUGAUGAUGAAGCUUCUCUUGACGAUGAAGAUCAAGUAUUUCAUAAGAAGUACCCAAAAGGAACAAAGCGGAAAACUCGCCAAGCUAAGGCACUUGAGAAUAAGAGAGCCCCCAAAUCAUUCCUUGAGCUCUUGAAUGAGGCAAACCUAGAGUCCUUGCCACCACAUGUGCCUAACUAUUUAAGAGCAGCAGUGGGACCUCCAAGUUCAAGUUCUCGCCGUCAUUUCUGCACUGUUUGUGGUUUCUCCUCUACCUAUACAUGUGUGCAGUGUGGGAUGCGCUUCUGCUCAAUCAAAUGCCGGACCAUUCACAAUGAUACUCGGUGCUUGAAAUUUGUUGCUUGAUUGGUGAGAGUUGCAACCUAAAUUAAUUGGAUGGAUUUGCCGAAGCUUUUUUCUCCUGUUCUGUAGCAUUUGCUAGUUUCAUGUUUAUACAGCUUAUGUACAUAUUCAGGUACUCUGACUAAUCGGGCUCACUUUGGAAAUAUUGGACUGUGUCCUUUUUCUCCAAAGCAUAUUUGUUGUUCCUCAAGCUCCUUCUAGGGUAAUGAUUUGUUCAGCUUUUAUAAGUGAUUUCUUUGCCCAUAUCUACAGAUAUUUGAAUGAAGAUGUUAUCUUAAGUGACUCGUCGAAAAAGAAAAAAAAAAGGAAAAAGAUGCCAUCUUAUGUGCAAUUUGGCAUUUUUUUCAGUUUUUUUAUAUGAGCAGCUACAAACAUCAAGCAUUCAAAGAAUUAUAUGAACAUUACUUUCAUAGUAUGCAAGCAAGUAACCAGAAAUCUGCAUGUUGGCUUGAGGCAAUAAAAGCUUCUAGAUUUGUGGUCAGGCAAUCUAUGCAGAGUAUGCCACUUCUAAUGAUCAAGCUUGUCAAAGAGCUCUCUUUGCUUUGAGCUUACUUUUUUCAUGAUUUUUUUUUCUGUUCUUAAAUCAUUCUUUUACUUACCUUUUGACGGUCGUGUUAACUUAUCUUCCCAAAUAUGUUUUUCACUGCUCUUUGCUCGUUUUUCUGUCAAGUGUUUCAUGAUUUCACUGGGAAAUGGAGAUAGAUGGGGUCUGUCCGUCAAACCUUAAUACAAUUAGUCAUUGUUUUUUUUGCUUUUCUUU